GUCCCUUUGGUUUCAUGGCAGUAUCCUACGUGUAUUUUGAGCGUGGUGAGUCAUAGGUCGUGUUUAUUUGGCUCAAAUCUGACGUUUCGUUUCUGGCACAAGAUCAAACUUGGAGUCCCUCCUCCUCCUACGCACUUCCUCACACCCAGUGGUAUAAGUCAGGGCAGCCCUGAGUCCAUGCACACCUUGAGGUCAAUCAGUGAGUUAAGGCUCACAGCUCAUCACAAAAUAAUAAAGUAGUAUGUAUUCAGAGCUUGAGUGCGGAAUUUGUUACCGGACCUACAACGCGGGUCGUCGGUGUCCCCGGGAGCUCCACUGUAAGCACAGCUUCUGUGAGAGCUGCCUCCUGGCUCUGUCCCGAACCCCGGGAGCCGCCGAGGCACAUCCAGGAGAUGACCGGUUCAUCGUCUGCCCGCUGUGCCGACAAACCACAUCCAUCUCAAGUGAGGGGGAGAUGAGAGCCGAGCUCAGGGUGGAUGAGUCCGUCCUGGAGCGGCUGCUGGCCGCGGGGGUCCUCGACGUAGAGGAGGAAGAGGAUGUCCACCCGGGGGUAGAACUGGACAGUCAAGUUCAAGACAGCUGUUAUGACGAGUUAGCGUCGCUUCCCGAGAUUCCUGCCGACGAGAGCGACUCCGCCGCGGGCUCCGGAGGUGGGAGGGUCCGGCGGUCUUGGAAGAAAGUUUGGAGGAAGAUUAGCGGGAAAAGCUCACGGCAGAGUCGUCGAGAAAGAAACUGUAUCACCAAUGAUGACCUGAGGCACUUUGCCAUGAUGUCCUGCUACAUGUUUUGAGCUGUCUACGGCCUCAGAUACCCUGGACAAUGUGACAAUAGUUCUUCCUCCCAACAAGGACUGUUGCUGCUGAUGCUGAUGACGAUGAUGAUGCUGAUGAUGUAACCUUGCUGAGAAGACACAAUGACAAUGAACAAGAUGAUUUGCUGUCUUUCCAGCUUUCUGACCACUUGUUUAACUGAGGAUCACUGUGUAGCUGUUUUGCUCAAAUGAGGAAAAAGAAAAAGGAAAGUCUGUGAGUUGUCAGAGGGGCCCACUUCAGGGCUACAUUAAUGUACAAAUGUAUUUGAUAUUUAUUCUUCUAAUUAAUGUAUUUAUUUUUUGACAUAUUUGUUACAUAUUUAAGGAAAAAUAAAUGAGUUCUGGUUUCAAUUGA